UCCCCAGCAUGAUUCUCCAAGACGUUGUCGACCAGAUCAUGGAAAAGAGACACAGCUUUCUAGACAUGACUGCGCUCGUUUAGAACAUCCGCUGCCUGCACCGUACACGGACACCGUACAGAGAGAUUAGAAGUGAGUGAAAUAAACGGUGCUAGGCUAUAUAAUAUAUCUAAUUCUGGGAAAACCUCUGCGCAUAUAACACAUUUCCAUGCGCUCGUGUGAACGGUAAACAGGAGUGUCGUAUAUUAUAUCUGUAUUUGGAGGGGAAAAAACGAACUAAUAAUGGUCAAAAAACGAACGGAUGACAUGACAGACAACUUCAAGAACGAGAUGAGAGUGAACAGGCUGACGGUCGCAUUCCGUUACUCCAAAGACGCACUCGAGAACGUCAGAGAAUGAAAAGAGCUCCAGAAUACAACCCCAAAAAAUCUCCAUAACGCGCGUGCUCGAGCAAGAAUUCGAUAUAUUGCAUCGCAUCUCAGUGGACAUCGACAGAGAAGUUAAGGCCACACAGAUUGACAGGUUGACCACUGAAAGUCAAGAUGGCCCACCUUUUCCUAGCCAGCAAAAUCUCUAUUCCAGAUGACUCUAUCAAUAAAAAUGCACCGAAAGUCCCCAAAAGCGCCAUGAAAAUGCCCACAUCUACCUCUGAGAAAGUCACUACAGAGAAAUCCAACAUCAACAACCACAACAAGAAGGACCGUAGCGUUGUUGUGAAGACCGUCCCAUUAAUCAACGAGGUGCAGCUGACAGCGGCCACCGGCGGGGCAGAGAUGUCGUGCUACCGGUGCACCGUGCCAUUUGGCGUGGUGGUCCUUAUCGCCGGUAUUGUGGUAACGGCCGUGGCGUACACGUUCAACUCCCACGGCUCCACCAUCUCGGUGCUGGGGCUGGUUCUGCUGUCGGCUGGGCUAGCCCUCCUGGGGUCCAGUGCUGUCUGCUGGAGGGUCCGGCUUGGGAGGAAGAAGGACCGGAGGAGGGAGAGUCAGACGGCCCUCAUGGCCAACCAUGGACUAUGCGUGGUCUGAGCCCUGAGGGAAGAGAGGGACUGUUAAAGUUUGAAGUUUCAACUAUUUGUAGUCAAGGUGCCGCUGUGGCCUGAGGGGACGACAUGGACAGUGGAACUGUGGGACUGUUAAAUGGAACAAUUUGAAGUUUGAACAAAAAGGUAUCGAAUGACAAGAGACUGGAGAGAGUUUAGGGAUGUCUGAGCUGGUUGGGUAUGAAGGACUCACACAUUAUCAAAAACAGAUGCUUAGCUGAAGGACUAGAAUGGGCUAGAAAGUCUAGCUGCUUUGUAGGUGAGAUACUAUCCGGAGAGACUAUAUACCUAGAAAGCAGGAGUUGGAACUGAAAUUAAUUUCCAAAUGUUGACCCAUAUUUUUUUCAUUCUGUUCCGCUGUUACGACCAGCAAAAUAAUGUUCUGAACUGGUUUGAACCCCCAAAAAGUACAGUUUUAUAUCGUUCCGUUCUGUUCCUUCAAAUCAACAGUUGUCUACAUUUAGCUCAUUAAAUGACUUUACCAAUCAGUGUGGAUGCGACUGAAAUAUUGAGGAGAGAGCGACAGAGGGUUGAGGAAGAGGCUUGAAGUGCUAGGCAUCUUGUUAUGACAUGCAUGAUCUGAAUUUAGGUCCACAGAAUUAUACCUAUGAGGAGCGGCUUCUAUGGAGGAACAUUGAAUGUCGUUUGAGCUAGUUAGCUAACAAGUUUGAGCUAGCUAUCUAACAAGCUUGUGUAUGCACCAGAAUUAAAAAAUACGUCUUACCUUUUUGUAGUUAAUCAAUCCAAUGUGAAACGUGAUAACUAGGCAUUUAGUAUCUAGCAUUGAAUAAGUGCAUCCAUUCUUCUCUAACUGAUUGAAAAUCUCUCUCCCUAUCUUCUGAAUUCCGCUUGUAAUGUCAGUCAGUAGCCUAUGCUAACGUCAGUACAGUAUCCUAUGCUUCGGAGGGGGCAGAUAGCCUAAACACACACACACACGGGCAAAUUUUCAGUUUGCAGGCAGACACUGGAAUAGGUUUCUGAGUGACAGAGUGAGGGCUUUGCAAAGGUGCUUAGUUGUGUUUAGAAAUUAUUAUUUUUAAAUGCUUGGAACAUAAAAUGACGUUAUUAACCGGUUCCCAUGCUUUUAAAAUAAAGGUUCUGUUCCGGAACAGUAUGGAUCCCUUUCGUUCCCGGUUCUGUUUCUGUUCCUUGUAAAAUUAAGUUAUUUUCCUUUUUUCUGUUCUGUUCCCUGAACUGGUUCCAACCCCUGCUAGAAAGACUAGCUGUUCUGUAGCUAAAAUACCAUCUGAAAUUCUGGUGGUUUGUUCUCCCUGGACAUUUGAAAAGACCAGGAUCAAGAUCAUGGAGGUAAAUAGGGAUUAUCCAAAGAUGAGUUAUUGGAAAGUAAGGAUGAAGUAGGGUGAAGUUGCCCCUAGAUUCUAAUCCUGAGUCAUUUUAGCAUUUUCCUCACUAAUGGUUAAGGUUAGAUUGGGGGAGGAGAAGCUGAUCCUAGAUCUGUACCUAGGAGAAACUUCAUCCUGGAGCAGAAAGGAGUGUUACACGGUGGACCAUGAUUCUCCAUUCUACUAUUCUCAUGCACAUCACGUGAUGUAUCUGUGACUCUAUUGCUGCUCUGUUGAUGUUUCAAGUGAACAUGUAAUAGGUACUUAAUGUUAUGUUUUAGAUAAGUAGUAGACUGGCUGACUUUUCACAGUCAAAGCUCACUAUGACAAUGUAAAGUGAACUUGUAGGAAGUGAUUGCCUAAUGGAGUCAAAGUAUCUCUCUCAAGUUCGAUAUGCACAGCUUUUAAUGCUUCCCUUUAAAACAGUGCUCAUCAUUUUAAAUAACAAUACAAUAUACCUUUGUAACUGCCUAGUAUGCAGAAAAUUGAUUCAUUUAAUACAUGUUGUGCCAAAUGUGCAGUUUUUCAUUGUUAGACUAGAGCUGUGGCUAAGCAAGUUGUGGUUUCAUUGAAAAUUGUUAACAAAUAUAGCAUUGUACUCUGGUAAAGUUGCAUUUUCAUGCUAUUUAUGCCAUAUCCAUUGACAUAUAUUUGGAAUAUUUGUGCCAAUAAACUUAAAGACACAAAA